GAUUUGUCGUUUGGGUGAAGAUUUAUUUUGUUUUGGUGUUUGCGCUUGCUUGUGCUCUGAUUUGUCGUAAUUCCAUCGUAGCUGUGCCAUGUUUGCCGGCAGUCGUCCUUGAGUCUCCCUUACGACAUAGACAUUUUCGAUACCGCCCCUGUCUCAGACUCCACGACCAUCCUCGCACUCAAGGCCUUCGAGCCCUCAUGGCCUUCCAGUGCUAAGGGAGGCCCCAUCCGACGUAAUACGGCAUAUGUCCAGUAGCCCUGAGUCUUCUCGAACUCACUCAGCCAUUCCUUCAUCGUCGUCACAGACCCCAGACACGCCUGCGACUCCACAAAGCCCUGAUGUGCCCAAGUCGCCGAGAAUAGACACCUCGGCACGUACGAUUGGUCCACACGAGGGGGUUGUCCGGGCCAUUAAAGGGCAUAUAAUCAACAACGGGAAAGCUAUUCCAGUGAAAAGCGCCAUGAUUGAUUACCUUGGAUCCUUCAAUUACAUCUCAGUCAAAACGGCGACUCAGCUUGGCCUUGAUAUUCAGGAGCUUGACCCUGGUGAAUAUAGUCAUACACAUGACGGAGCGCACGAGAGGAUACUGCCUGGGAAGGUGAUUGGAAAGGUUACGGGUGUAGGAUGGAGAAAAGCAGGAUGGAGAAAGCCUAUCUCUGUUGAGUUUCUGGUCAAGGAUUCUUACCGCGGUAGGAUGUAUGAACAUGUCGCUUUUGGGAUGAUAUUUGUCUCCAAUUUCGACGCGACUGGGGGAGGCAGUUGAGAAAUAGAGGAGAGGAGUACCAGCUGGCAACUCCUGGUACAUGUCCCUUGUUCAAUACAGUGACCAAACUAAACAGGAAUGCCAAUAUCCCGAAGAGAUCCAUGAGUGCGGCCGUC